AUGAUGGACGAGAUGGACACCAACGAGGGAGAGCUCUCAGACGCCCUAUCUGAGAACGAGUACGACGACGUACACUUGCAGCUUCUCGGAGAGAGGGAUGAUCACGAAGACCACACCGACGAUCACCAAGACGACGAUCACGACUACGACAGCGCCAUGGACAAGCGGACAGAUUCCAAGUCCAUCAAGACGGAGGCUGGACUGGAGAGUACUGCCCCCGAGCCUAAGAAGAAGUACGAUCCUAAGGACCCUCUGCGUCCUCGGAGGAAGAAGGCUCGCCGUGCCUGUUAUGCGUGCCAGCGGGCUCAUCUGACUUGUGGCGAUGAGCGUCCGUGCCAGAGGUGUAUCAAGAGAGGCCUCGCAGACGGCUGCCAGGAUGGCGUUCGCAAAAAGGCUAAGUAUCUACACGAUGCUCCGGCAGAUGCCCUGCGACCAGUGCUGGGCCCCAACUUCAACGCUGGCACAACGGCGGCCGUGACGACGACGACGACGCCAUCUCGAACCAACGGCCAUCGUCACCCGUCCAGCGCCGGCUCCGACGUCUCCGUGUCCAACGUCGGCACCUUUUACGCUCAGUCCAACACGGCACCCUACAGCGUGUUCUCGUCGGGUCAGACUCCCUCAGGCACGCUGGCCGAGAAUCUGACGUUCCCGGGACCACAGUCGCCCGUCUCGCCCAGCUUUGUGUCGACGUCUGGAGCAGACGGAGCUGCCGCCCAGAUGAACCGCAUCGAUCUGACAGCAGCGGCAGCGGCAGCAGGCCUGAGCAGCUUCUCACCGGCCCUCUUCGAUCCUAGCAAUCCGGCGCUGUUCAACUUCAACCUGGAGGGCAUCAACUUUGGCAGUCAGUAUGCAGCUAUGGAGUUCGACAUGCUGGGCCACAUGUCCUCUGGUGCAGCCGACGACGCAAACGACCCGACGUCCUCCCUCUCCCAGCAGCCUGGCGGUGGUGUGGGCGGCUUUCCCCCGGCGGACGUCUUUGGCGGCGGCGCGAGCCAGACGCUCUUCAGCGGCGGUGCCUCGGGCACGGCGAACGGGCUGGUGAACGACUUCAUCGGCCUGGACUCGUCGACAAACGGGUUCUACUCACAGGGCAACCUCCAGCACGGUCUCCCGCACGCCUACGCCAUCGCUGCGGCGCCUCCGAGCCUGCAGAGCCCUAGCACAGACAACAACAGCCCACAAGCGACCGGCUACGGCUUCGAAGGAUCUCCGACCAUGGCGACAUAUGCCGGUUCCACCGGAGGUGUAGCCAACGGGAACGGCCAUGUGGGCCAGGUGCUGAGCGGUGUCCGGGCUUCAGUGGCUCAGGCACAGCAGCAGCAGCACCAACAGCAACAACACCAGCACCAGACCCCACACCAGCACCAGCACCAACUGCAGCAGCACAAAGCUAGGUCGGCCAUGGCAAAGCUGCUGCCACAGUCGAUUCUGGGCAAGCGACACCGAGACCCGUCGUCGGUGUACGAGAUGGUCAAGGAGCCGCACAUGUAUGUGGCCGGUUUCCAUCGGCUCAUCGCGCUGUUGCAGCGACGGUUCUCGGCCAGCAAGAUAGUGCGGAUCGCCAAGGCGCUGUCGAGCAUCCGGCCGUCGUUCAUCUCGUGCACGCGAACGCUGAACCGGCAAGACUUGGUGUUUAUGGAAAAGUGCUUUCAGCGCACGCUCUUCGAGUACGAGGAGUUCAUGUCGCAGGUGUCGAGCCCGGCGAUUGUCUGCCGGCGGACAGGCGAGGUGGCUGCCGUCAACAAGGAGUUCACCGCGCUGACGGGCUGGACGAAGGAGGUGUUGCUGGGCAAGGCGCCCAACCUGAACGUGAACAUGGGCCUAUCGUCGGCCGUGGCAGCGGCAGGCGGUACUGGAGCGGGAUCCGGUGCUGCAGCCGGAGCUGGAGGCGGAGCAGCUGGAGCAGCCGGCAGCGUGUCGGUGGGCGGCGGUUCAUCAACGGGCAGUAUGGACGUCGGUACGACCAGCAGUAACGGCAACGCCAACAGCAGCAGCAGCACAAACGGCGGAACGAAUAGCGGGCGAUCGGGACUGUCGACGCCGCGGUUGCGGGCGCUGAACGCCGAGGCAAUCAAGGCGUCAGAGGGCAAGGCGCAGCCGAUGUUCAUUGCGGAGCUGAUGGACGACGACAACGUGAUUGAGUUCUACGAGGACUUUGCCCAUCUGGCGUUUGGCGACAGCCGCGGGUCGGUGAACCGCAAGUGCCGGCUGCUCAAGUACCGGACGCGGGAGAUGCUAGACAGCUCUGCGGGCGGCGAGUUGGGGUCAUCGGCGGCGGGCUCUCAGUCGGGCUCACGUCCGGGAACAGCAGGCCAGCAGUCAGGCAAUGGCAGCGGCACUGCAGCGACGGGAGUCGGCAGCAGCAGUAUCCUCAGCAACCGGGUGGCCCGUAUCGACGGCGAGCAUGGCAUCUCCAAGAUUGAGCGCGACGGCAAGCUGGAAUGCUCGUACUGCUGGCACAUCCGACGCGAUACGUUUGACAUUCCCAUGAUGAUUGUGAUGAAUGAGCCGCAUCAGCUGGCCGUUUAG